AUGGCGCAGUCUACCGAGACCAGCAUGGUUGGGAAGGUCAGUUACAGUCAGUUUGCCUGUAUCGGAAGCGGGUUCGCAGCCAUUGGCCUGGGUGCACAGUUGAAGCGAUGGUACGGCAUCGACAACGUUCAGUUCUUCGAGCGGCAUCACCGGCUGGGGGGGACGUGGUUCAUCAAUCAAUACCCAGGGUGCGCCUGCGACGUCCCCAGUGUGCUGUACAGUUUCUCCUUCGAGCCUAAUGCCAACUGGACAAGGGUCUUGCCGACCUACUUUGAACUCUGGUCUUACCUCAACGAGGUCGCUCACAAAUAUGACCUAGUCAGGAAGAUGACUUUCGAUGUUCUGGUCGAACGAUGCGAAUGGAUCGAAGAGCGAGCCAGGUGGCGUAUGACUAUUCGCCAUCUAAAGUCCGGAGCAAUAUACUUCCACGAGUGUCAAUUCCUGUUCGCCGGGACAGGUGCCCUGGUCACCCCGCGAGAGAUCGACGUGCCCGGCGCAGAUACCUUCAAGGGUGUCAUCUCACACACUGGCCGCUGGAAGCCGGAAAUCAACGUCGAGGGGAAGAGGGUGGUUCUCUUUGGCAACGGCUGUACGGCGGCACAAGUCGUCCCCUCCAUCCUGCAUAAGACCCAGUCCUUGACACAGAUCGUGCGAUCGAAGCAUUGGAUCUUUCCACCCAUCGAUGCAAAGGUACCGGACUGGGUCCGGUUCGGACUGAACCGCAUCCCCGGCAUGACAACUCUUCAACGGUUCAUCGUCUUCGUCGCAGCGGAGUACUCCCUCCUGGGCUUUCCGUUGACCGAGGCAGGAAAGAGGUUCAGAGCGAGGCAGCAAAAGAUCACGGAGGGAUACAUGCGAGCCACGGCCCCCGCAAAAUAUCACGAACUGCUGAUCCCGGACUUUGAAGUCGGCUGCAAGCGACGAAUCUUCGACUCUGGGUAUCUAAAGAGUCUCCAUGCCGAAAACAUGACUCUGACCAACGAGAAACCAUUGGAGAUUGUACCGGAAGGUGUGAGAACAGAGAAGCGACUGAUCGAGGCCGACGUGAUUAUCUUAGCGAACGGCUACCACACCAACGAGUUCGCUGCUGGCGUGGAAGUGGUCGGGCGCGGUGGCGAGACCAUGCAGAGCCACUGGGAGUCCUUCGGCGGACCAGAGGCGUACAAUUGCUCAGCGCUGAGCGGGUUUCCCAACUUCAUCCUGCUCUUGGGCCCUAAUGCUGCGACAGGACACACAUCGUCCAUCAUGGCUUUGGAGAACUCCAUCAACUACGCACUGCGUGUUCUCAAGCCGGCGCUAGAAGGCCGCGCGAGCACGGUCGACCUGAAGCGCGAGGCGGAGCAGGCCUAUUCUGAUACGAUCCAAGCCGCGCUUCAGAACACGGUGUGGAAUUCCGGCUGCCAAAGUUGGUACUUUAUUGAAUCUGGCAAGGGUUCCAAGACGUGGAACGCCAUGAGCUACCCUUACUCGCAAGCUCAUUUCUGGUAUCGCAGCCUCUUUCCCGUCUGGACAGACUGGGACUACGGUGGACCGGCCACCAUGGUUUCGUCAAUUCGAAAGCAAUGGUCUGAUCUCUGGCUUCUUGUUCUUCUUGUGGUGGCCAGUCUGACGUUUUGGAUUUACUUGGUCAAGGGGAUCGAGGGUGAGGCAGUGUAUGCGACAUAA